UACAAUGUCCACAGGAAGUGAAGAAACAAACACCAACUUUUCCCAAACAGCGAUCUUUCUUUCCGUGGGAUUCGCGGUUGCACUGAUAAUUGCCGUCAGUUUUGUAAUCAGUAUGUACAAAAUAAGAGCAAUAACACUGAGAAAAAGACGAAAAGAAUUGAUGCGCCUCCCAAGUAUUCCAAAAUCAAAGGACUCUCCUCCGUACGAAAUGAAAUUAACCAAUCCAGAAAAUCCGUAUUCCGAUCCCGACUAUGAAAUAAUAGAGGAAGAAGAUGAGGGGUACGAACAUUUGCCCGAACCAGGAGAAACAACUCUAACUCUAACACACGAAGAUGGACUAUAUAUAGAUCCUGACAAUGCUGACAGAACAUACCUAGAUGUAGUGCACAGCGAAAAAGAACCUAACGCUUACAUUAACGUGUCUCCUUACAUUGAUUUAGUAGAUGAUACCAUUGACGAUGUUCUUCAAUCAGAGGCCUUGGACACUUUACAGUCAGAGAAUGCUGAUUAUUGUAAUGUAAUAAACUUACCUGAAUAAAUGGAAGUGGAAAAAAUUGAAGAGAAAUGAGAAAUAAGCUGAAUGAAGAUUUUUCCACCAUGAGUGUGAAUAAAUGUUAAAUACUGAUUUUUAUUUUUUUUUCGGAUAAAAAAGAUUGGAUGUGAAAAAAUUUAAGACAAACUAAGUAUAUAUAUUUUUUUGUAAAUAUCAGAGGCAAAAGUCACAAAUAACAAGACCUCCAUCUUUUUUAAUAUAAGCUUUAAAAAACAUUGCAAAAGACGAUUAAAAGAUGAAACAAGUUUCGUGUAAUAAGUUUUGUCGAAAUUAAGACAACCAAAAGAUAA